UAUUUUGAUACAGUACGGGAAGUUGCAAGGGUGACAUUUGUAAGUGGACGAAGACGAAAAGCAUGUGUUUCCAUAUUUAAACCGACAGCUUCUUUUAAUUUACAUUUACUGCUCUCAGAUUUAUGUAUGAAUGCGAAUGAGAAGCAUGAUGGCGACGUGGGGCUGUCGGUUUCUUCUCCAGCGGGGAGCUCAGCUCAUUUCUCCUCGGGCAGCGGCUGAAAGCCCUGUCCAAUUGUUGGGUUGUAUCAGGACUGUAAAGACCACCACAUGGUUUGAAGAACACCUUACAGAGGACAACCAGAAGUACAUGAGAAACCUCAUGGCAGAGGAAUACAGAAGUCAGACAGCGGAGAGGCUCAACCCUCUCAAAGAUGAGCCUUGGCCACGACAUGAGUGGACAGAGGGGAGUAGGAGAGUUGGGUUAGUUGCUGUCAAGUUGGGGAUGGCUCCUAUCUGGACUAAAACAGGAGAAAGACACCCAGUCACGUUGUUGCAGGUACAAGAUUGCCACGUAUUAAGGUAUCUCUCCAAAGAAGAGUUUGAUGGCCGCACUGCUGCUCUCGUUGUAGGAGGGAAGAACGUGUCACCAUUCUAUAGGACCGAGAAGGAAAUGGAGAUGUUCAGGAAUGCAGGAGUUCCUCCUAAACAGAAAGUCACCAUCUUUAAAGUGUCAGACAAUGCAAUCAUCAAACCGGGCACUCCUCUGUAUGCAGCACAUUUCCGUCCUGGCCAAUAUGUAGACGUCACAGCUAAAUCUAUCGGUAAGGGUUUCCAAGGUGUGAUGAAGCGAUGGGGAUUCAAAGGUCAGCCAGCUAGCCAUGGUCAAACCAAAACUCAUCGUAGACCAGGAGCUUCUGGACCAGGAGGGGAUCCAGCCAAAGUUUUCAAAGGGAAGAAGAUGCCUGGCAGAAUGGGCAACACGUACAUCACAGCUCACGGUCUGAAGAUAUGGAGGGUGAAUACCAAGUAUAAUGUGCUGUAUGUUCACGGCACUGUCCCCGGUCACAGGAACUGUGUCCUGAAGGUGAGAGACACUGUACUUCCAAGCCGACACUCCACUCUGCUCAGCCCUCCUUUUCCCACCUACUUCACCGAAGAGGAGGGUGAUCUGGAUGAAGAUCUGUUCGAUGAAAACUUGUUCAUUCACACAGAGCCGUCCUUAACGCUGACCUGACCUUAGACUCACUCACACAAAACCCUGGCCAAACCUACUAUAACUAUAUGUGUAUGCUUUAAUAAAAAAAAAACUAUUCCUGAAACC